AUGGAGGAAGAUCUUCCAUAUGACGUUCCCCAAAUUGACGCGGUCCUGACCCUGCACUGGCGGAAUUUCCAGUACAGUGGUCAUAUUGCCCGACACUCCUAUGCUCUUCUCAUCCGAAAGACUCGCGAGCUCUACCGCGCGAGUCACGUCCCCAUCGACCAGGCCACCGAUACGCCAGAAGGCAAUGUCUUUUUCCGCUUGCCCUUCAUUCGUAUGGUGCCCUGGUUUCUCCUCAUUCUGUUCUCCACUACCUUCAUCAUCAUCUCAGAGCACAUUGUCAUGCCCUUUUUGGCUUGUUUCAGCGAGAUGCCCUUGCUUAUCUGGCCCUUCCUUUCUGGCCUCUUCGCCGCUCUGUCCACUGAUCUGGCAAAUAGCGAGCGGUGA